UACUUCCGGUGUAAACAAAAAGUUGAGAGACAUGUCGACUGUUCAAGUUCUAUGCCCCAACGGCCGGCGACAGAACGUUAAAGUAACGCCAAAUACGAAACUACUUCAGGUACUAGAGGAAGUGUGUAAAAAGCAGGGAUUCCUUCCUCCAGAAGACUACUCACUUAAACAUGGAAGAAAGACUGUAGAUGUUACCCUAUCCAUAAGGUAUUCCAAUCUACCCAACAAUGUUAAACUGGAACUGGUGAAGAGUGAAUCCAGCCGAGCGGAACAAGAUGUUCUGAUUGCCUUACAGCUGGAGGAUGGUCAGAGACUUCAGCAGACAUUUUCACCUGCCACAUCACUGUGGGACAUACUACAGCACUGGGAGAAAGCAGACAGUGCUCACACAGGAAACCUGUGUAAGAUGGAUCCUUCCCAUACACCCCCCAUCCAAACUACUUGUAUCUACAUGAGAGAGGAGGUAAUAGGUGAGGUUGCACUACAGACCAUGACACUUAGAAAACUUGGUUUAACUAGUGGAAAAGCUGUCAUAAGACUUGUUCACAGGCCAGUAGAUGACACAGUGAUGGCAGAAAUUUUAGAUAAAAUAGAGAGAGAGAAAACAAAGUUGGAGAAGCUAGACUCUUUAGCUCAAAGACAGCUGUCCCAACAGGAGGAUAAAUCUCUACCUCCUAAAGCUGAAGAGCUCAUUGACAGGUCUGAGGAAAAGUCACAAUCAACUGAAGACAAAUCUGAGAUUUCAACUGAGUCAACAAGUCAGACCUCGGAAGCCAUGGAGGUAGACCCAAAACCCAGUACAUCAGUACCCAGCACAUCACAACAACCAAUGGAAGUAGAGGAAAGGAUUGAAACUCCAGGUCAUAGGGCAUCAAAUGAGGGUAGAGGUCAAAGUCGUGGUAAUCAGCAGCAGGAUUUUGUAGAAACAAUCAGGCAGAUGAAUAUUCCAGGGGUUCAAGUGUUUGCUCCUGGAGAUUUCAAUGAAUUGUCACCACAAGAACAAGAGAUUGCAAGAUGUUUGGCAGCAUAUUACAUGCCACAAAUGGGUUUACACCCAUCACCCAAUCGGCAAGCAGCAGGGGGAUCAAAACCAAAGAGAGGUCGACCUCAAGAGGCAGUUCAAUUUGCAGAGUUCAAGUUUCCAGAAGACACAAAAGGAAAAGAUGUUUAUAAAAAUGAAUUAAGUGAAGUCAACCGAGAGGAAUUCAAGCCCUGUGACAGACAAGCUGUUUUGUUUAAUGCUGAGGAAGUCAUCCAAUCAACAGCUUCAAAUGAAGAUCUUCCUGAUGAAUUCUUUGAAAUAACAGAAAAUGAUAUCAGGAAAAUGAUGGUAGACCUACAGAAGAAAGCACAAAGUGAGAUGGAGCAGCCACUGUUAACACGAAGCAUGGUUCAGGAAAGGCUAGAAUCGCAGUAUUCUAAAUACCAACAUGUGGUCAUCCGGAUCCAGUUUCCAGACAAAGUAGUGCUCCAGGGAUUAUUCCGACCAAAAGAGACUGUUCAUGCAUUGCAUAAAUUUGUGAAAGAAUAUCUGGAGGACAAAAGCCAAGGAUUCUAUCUUUACACUGCACCUCCAAAACAGGUGUUGAAGGAUCAAACACUGAAUUUGAUUCAGGCAAAACUAGCACCGGCCUCUGUUGUGUAUUUUGGAUCAGAGACAACAAAAGAUCAUUAUCUUUCGGAGGCUGUAAUGAAGGAAAUCAGUCCAAAGAGCAAAGCAGAGGAUAUUGUGGAAAAAAGCUUGCCUAAGGAUGAGACUCCAAAUUCCUCAAGAAAAGAUCAACAACCUGGCACAUCUAAACCAAAACCAAGCAAAGCAGAUUCUGAACCAUCAACCGGCUCGAAAAAACCAGCAGUCCCAAAGUGGUUUACUGCAGGGAAAAAGUGAUAUGUUCAAAGAUAUGGAAAAAAUUGUGCAAAACGCUACAUUCUUCAACACUGGGACUUGGUUCUACCUGUUAGCCUCAAUCUGACAAUACAUGACAUUGACAUCAAUCAGUCUUCAUUCAACAGCUUAUCAAUGAAAUAAAUA